UUUAAAACUAAUAUUCGAUUAUUGAGCUAAUCGAAUAAUUAAAAAAAUCCAAUAGUAUUGCGCAUUUCAUACUUGAUUAGACUCUUGCGAAAUAAAUAUUUGCACAGUCCGUUUCCCGCAGUACACACAUACAAAUAAGUCCAGUAUAUGAAAACUAGUGAUGCCACUUAUGCAAAUUUAUACCUGAAUCUACAGAUUUCUGAUUAACGCCGUAGAUAUUUAAGGAUUGUACUUAUCAGAUGUUAAAUGAACAUUUUAGAAAUUUACGUCUUUAGAGCAUUUAACUUUCAUUUUUGCACCAUAAAAUGCGAACUGUUUCUGCAACAAUUUAAUAGCACAUACUUUUUAAAACUUGCUUAACAAUUUAACCUGGCAUCCCUGAUGUGCACGGCAUCCUUGAUGCAACUGGUAUGUGAUGACAGUUUGUUUCGUUUAUUUUUCUUCAAUUUGCAGCAGCUAUAGUGAAUAAAUGUAAGCCACUUUUUCAUAUUUUUUUAAAUUUUUACUAUUACGGUUUUUUAUUACAGCAAAUAUAAUAACAACGGCUAAAAAAGCUCGUAUAUUUGCGGAGGAAAAUCAAAUGUCUAGAUCAAAUUCGGUAGUCGAGGAGGAAUUUUCAGAAGAAUUUAUUUAUUCUCAAGACGACCCUUUACAAGAGGAUGACAAUGUUACUGCUUUAUUACCUAUUGACAAUUAUCAUAACUUAUCUGAUACACAUAAUAUUGAUAAUAAGCCAAAGCAACUCGGACUUUCACAAAAUGAACUACCAAAUGGUUUGUUUGGUUGUUGGUUGCUGGUUGCCGUGCGAGACUUCAAGGGCCAUAGCUCCGGUAAGGAAAUGGGUAAAUGGGGAGUAUCCGGGAACAAUACUGAACAAUUCCUUCAUAGUUGUUGGUUACUUUCAAAACAGUAUCUAAAGCGAGAAGUGAUUUUUACAGCUGAUGAAAGCGGUGUUGCAAUGCCUUCGUGGAGUUCCCGCUCUGUUCCCCAGGAAGAUGAUUUCGUACGGUUUGCUUUGUUCAACGACAAAGCUAAUCAUAGAUGCUACACAGUAGAUAAAGUUACCGCCAGUCUUUUGCAAAAUUGGAGAAGCAAAGAGGUUCAUUUGUUACUGCAUGUUUAUUCGCUUUCUGUUAAUAACAAAAGUGUUUUUAAAACAGUUUGCGAAAUUUUGUUACAGCCGGAAGAUCGCGACAAAGCUGGAGCAGUGACGAAUAAAGCCCUGGCUGUACUUGCUCAGAAGUUACGUGAUAUACAUAGUGACAGUUGGCAGGCGAAUAAUAUUGCGUGGAUGAUGUGGGCUAAUACAAUUUGUUGUUCCGCGCCACAUCGCCAAGAAGAGCUUUUAUUAGAAGCCCCUCCAGUACAUUUAAUAAAGUUAUUUUCUGUGAAGGAAUUGCCUCGUUUGAAAUCAAUUCGGCGAAGCUUUGCUGUUGCUCAUAGUGUAAACAUUGGAUAUCAUGAUGAAAUCGUGUCACUUCGCGAAGCUUUCGAAGACCUGGACAUAACUGUUCAGAACUUGCUCGUCAAAAUGCAAUUGGUAAAGCGAUGCUUGGAAUCUCUUGAACAACGAAAUAGAACUGGAGAAUCAUUCAUUUCAGCAGCAGAAGAAGCCGUGCAGGUUCAGGAAUCUGAGCUCGGUGUCUCUUUAGCUGGUCGAGUGAGAGACAUGGAUGAUAUUGAUCACUAAAGUGGAAUGUUAUUGCAGAAAAAAAAAAAACAAAAUAUAUUGAGCACUUUGAUAUGGAGUUAUAUUGAAUUUGACAAAUUUCAAUUACUUCUUUCUCUUCUCUUUGUUGUAUUCAAAUCCCAAAGUAACUAAAUUAUCUUCAAGGACAAUUGUUGGAUCAAAUCUUCCUCCUCUUAU